CGCUCCUGUCCCUGUUGCUUGUCCUUGUGCCUGCCGAUGGAGAGGCGGCUGCUGCAGUCACAUAACGCUGGAGUUGCUGCAGGCUAAUGCCAGCCAGCAGUCCUUUAGACACGCCGAACAAAGGCCCGUCCUCACCCGCUUUGACGCCGACGCGCCCCGCCUCCAUCCCCUUCCCCAAGGGACACACACAUGCGCAUGCCAUUGCGAGCUCGAGCUCCUCUGCCACCGAAUCAACCUCGGAGCUGACGUCGUCGACGACGUCGCGCGACUCUCUUUCGACAUCCCACACGAGCGGCGGCAUCACGACGCCCCAGAAGCCCGCGCGGAACUACCGACGUACAAAGUCGACCAGGUCGAGCGCCAAAUGGACUAAGGAGGGAGGAACUUCGGAUGAUACAGGAUCGCAUCGCAAGGCGCCACAACUGCAGACCGCGAAACCCGCCGACAAGUCGCUCCGUUCCCCCCAGCCUGCGCCCAAGCAGCGCCAGCAACCCCUCCUAGCCGCCAGCAACACAACAGCCAAACAGGGACGAUUCAUGGCAACGACCUUUGGCGGCUCCUCGGGUGACUCGCGGCGAGGAGUCGUUUCCCCCCGACCAAAAGGGCGCGAAGCGAAGAACACCUUCUGCCGCAAUGUCACCAUCUACGGACAUUGCCGGUAUGAAAACACCUGCCCUUACAUCCACGACUCCAAGCUGAACCAGGGUGAGAAUGCGAAGAAAAGAUUCAAUGUCGACUCUCCCUCCUUCACACCUCUGCAGGCAAGUACCAAUGGAUCUGUGACCCCUUCGUCUCGUAGUGCUGCAAUCUCACCCAAAGCUGCCAACGCAGCCGUCUUUACGCCCAAGUCGCAACGCUCUUCCACAAGCACCCCUAGUUUGCAUACGAAGGAGCCUUCUAUGGAGUGGCAUGCGCAAGACUUCCAAGAGUUCGUGCCACAGACGUUCGAGGGUCAAAUGAAUGAUCCUAAUUCCACGGCAUCGGUCCUUGGGUACGACCCCUUCAGUACAUCAUCGAAUAUCUCUACCCUCACUGCCUCAGGCCAUCAAACGUCCACUAUCAAUCCAUAUGCGCAUGAUUCUUCAGGACUUUCGGGAGCGUCGUACUAUCAGAACGCAAAUGCGUUUCAAGCAACACCAGCGUACCACUUGUACUGGCCAGUUGGGCCACAGCCCACUGGAUUACUUGCUUAUCAGCGCACCGCACACGAUUUUUUCAUUCCUGACGUGGUUCGGGAAGACUUGCAAAAGAAAGCGGAGAUUGCCCGUCAAGUCCUUCCUACCAGCACAUUGCCGGCCAUUGAGCAAUUCCAUUCCCUUUAUUGCCUCGACAUAUCACCGCAAAAAAACAACUCCCUUUUUGGCUACACUAGCCUGAUAUACAAAGCCGUCUCUAGUAAAGACGGGAAAACAUACGCGCUGCGACGUCUUGAGAAUUUUCGUCUCACGAGUGAGACCGCCAUCCGUUCUGCACAGCCAUGGAAGCGCAUCUUGAACGGGAGUGUUGUUACCAUUCACGAGGCAUUCACUACUCGAGCAUUCGGCGAUAGCUCAUUGAUACUGGUCACCGAUUAUCACCCGAAUUCAAAAACGUUAGCAGACGAGCAUUUCAAGCCGGUGCAGCGGUUCCAUGGUAGGCAGGCUACAUCGUCGCAUGUCCCAGAGCAAGUUCUUUGGGGCUAUGUUGUACAGAUAGCAUCUGCUUUGAAAGCGAUACAUGGGUCUGGCUUGGCUGCAAGGCUGAUUACCCCAUCCAAAAUAUUGCUAACGUCCAAGAACCGAAUACGCCUGAACGCAUGCAGUGUUAUGGACAUUGUUCAGUUCGACAAUGCGCGGUCUAUAUCUGACCUCCAGGCAGACGAUUUCGUGCAACUUGGACGUCUGAUUCUUUGUAUUGCAAACAACAACCUCACAGCUCACCUCAGCAUGCAAAAGUCCAUGGACUAUAUUACGCGAGGCUAUACAGCUCGUCUCAAAGAAUGCAUCCAGUGGCUGCUAAACCCCCAGCCUGCAUCUGGCGCGCCUUCAUCACCUACGUUACCUGCCAUGCAAAAAGACAUCGAUACCUUCCUGGUUGGUAUCGCGGAUCAGCUUGCUUCGGUGUUCGAUAGCGAGCUUCAUGCGCAGGAUACGCUCACGAACACUCUUGGCCAUGAGCUGGAGUCCUCGAGAUUGGUGCGUCUUGUUGUCAAACUCAACAUGAUCAACGAACGCCCUGAAUUGGAUGCAUCGCAACAUGUGCCAGGAAGCACGGUUGCCAAUCCUUCAUCUGUUUGGGCGGAAACGGGCGAGCGAUACUACCUCAAGCUCUUCCGCGAUUACGUGUUCCACCAAGUGGAUGCGAAUGGGCAUCCGGUCACAGAUCUGGCCCACGUGCUUGAUUGUCUCAACAAACUCGACGCAGGGGUUGACGAAAAGGUUACGCUCAUCAGCAGAGACGAGCAGAAUGUUUUGAUCGUCAGCUAUCGUGAAGUGAAGAGGGCUCUGGAGUCGGCUUUUCAGGAUCUGCUUAGAGCGGGGCGUAGUUCAGGGAAAUAGGAUUCCGCUGAUUCCAGUCCGUUCGGCUAGUAUUGGGGAGGGGAUUAUCGAGGAGGGAGGUACUGUGAUAGGGAGUAUGGACCACAAAGAAUGGGUCCAUAAAACAUAUGUUGUAGGAUGAGAUGAG